UGAGAGGAAGCCAAGUGGCCGGGAGUGGGAGGUGGAACGUGAUGUAGUUUGGCUGACAUUUGGCUAAUUUUCUAAUUGAUUAAACAUUUAAUCUCAAUACAGUUCUGUCAACCAAAACUAGAAUAUGUUACGAACAAAGUGGACUAAGUUUUGUAGACACUGCCUUUUGCCAAAGGUGUAAAAAAAGAAGAAGUGCGUUGUUUAGGAGUGAAAUGGGAAUCGAGUUAUUGCACAUGCGCAGUUCAUAGUAAGCGUUCCCUAACGGAAAUAUGCCAACUUCUGCUUAGAACACGCCAAUAGGAUCUCGCGAGUUUAUGCUUGGCUCCGCCCACUAUGACUCGUUUGGAAACGACAGGCUGUGGUCUAUCUUGGUAUAUGUUAUAAAAAAAAAUAUAUCUUUGGUCAAGCGUCCGGAGCCGCCGGAAAAGAGAGAAAAAUUCAGUAAACUACGAGAUAUCUACAUAGAAAACAACCGAAAAAAAUAAAUAAGGAAAGUUUUUAGUUUUCUCCAGUGAAGACAUAUGAACAAUCCUCUGUCUAGACCUAAGCAACAGAAGCCCGAUGUUCUAGAAGUUGUGCUAGAACAGUUUGACCUGGAUCGGAACUGAUUUUGAAAGUGCUUGUGUGAAACAAAAUGGAAACUGACCAAACUGAUCAAUCCACAAAAAGCCAGUCUUGUUUUCCAGUUUGAUUACUACUGUCUAUAGCCCUGUCACAGGACGAGUCAGAGAGAGAAGACCAACCAAUAAUCCUCCUCUCUGUGUCUUUCUCCUCUCCAACUCUUUCAGCUUUGCGUUGCUAUUGGAGCGUUGUGCUGCUCCCCUUUCGAGCCCGCUGAGUCUGAUUGGAGGGCUGGGAGUUGGAAUCCCGCCCCCGCAGCGCCUCUUAUGCCACGCCUCCCUGCUUCUGGCCCAGCUCAAAGCACAGCUCGCCAUCAAUCAGCUCGUUGCCGCGGGAAACAUCGCCAACGCCGUUACCUGCACCAACCAUCCACUACCCUCCCCUCACCCCCAUCCUCCUCUUGCCCUCUUCUUCAACCUCUUGAAAGCGGCAUCCACCACCAAUAACAUGUACCAUCCCCUAUAUAAUCCGUUAGGGGGUCAGUACUCUUCACAAGCCCAGAGAACACCAGCUCAGAUGGGGCGGUAUGGACUCACACAAGCCCAGUCCGGGAUGGACCCUCUGUUGGCCUCACGCCUGGGUCUGGGCCCUGUCUCUGCUGGUGGUUCCUCUGGUUUUUCCAGCCAGGGGGGCAUGAUGUCCUCGAUGGGGUACAACCUGGGGCAGAGAUCAACCGGGAUGACCCCGGAGUUGGAGAUAGACCACCACAUCCGCUGGGCCAGAGAGGACGUGAGACUGCUCAGCCAGAUGGUGCAGCAGAAACAGAACCAGCAGAUCCAAAUGAAUCUUCGCCUGAAUCGCAACCCCGGGGAUGAGCUUUCAUCUAGGGUAGGGAUGGGUAGCUACACCUCUGGCCGGUCCUGCAGCGACCAGCAGAGCUCCAUGGCCUCCUGGUCUGGCCACGUGACCCAGUCUGCUUCCUCUAAGCUCUUCUCCUCCCCCCUCCCUCAAUCGUCCCCUUCCACCUCCCAGAUGUACCAAAGCCAAACCUCUGGGUUUGGUGGUGCGGGAGAGCCGGGACCCACCUCAAUGGGUUCUGAGGCGCCCCUGAGUGUCUCCGAUCCUCCAGCCCGGUACACACCAGAGUCCGCCAGCAACAUCCUGGCAAGUUUUGGCUUGUCCAACGAGGACUUGGAGCUCCUGAGCCAAUAUCCAGACGAUCAGCUGACCCCAGACAACCUGCCCUUCAUCCUCAGAGACAUCUGCAUCCGUAAGGCCAAUAGAAACAUGGAUGUGGACAAUCGGCAUGACAACAGACCCAGCCCGGGGUCGGACCGGGGAGGACAGAGCAAAGUUAUCGAUUAUGGAAAUAUUGAUGCUUCUAAAUACGACAGUUAUGACAAUGUUCGAUCCAAUAGUUACGGCGGACAAGGUCCGCUCCCGAAAGAGUCGAUGAAAUACUCUGUCAGAGACUCUCCAAGCGGGCACACCGGUACACCGUAUGGCAGUGUUGGCAGAUCCAUGACCUCAGUCCUUUCCGAGCAACAGCAGAGUUCUAUCUCUCUCCCCAAGAAUGACAACGACACUCGUAUCGGUCUUCCUCCGCCUUCCAGCCUAACCCAAAAGACCCUCAAAACCCACGACUUAUCGAAAGCAGCACCCAAACCUAUGAACAUCCCUGUCCAUGGCGGAGACCAAGGACUCGACCGACUCCUCUCAUCUCAGAAUCGAGGCGCUGCUCGAGGCCAAGUUCAGCCUCGGUCCGACCUGGUGGUUCUUAGUGGUGCAGUCGGAGGAGAUGCAAGACUCAAGAUCGGAGGUAUCCCGGUGGGGAUUCCUCCUCCCACGCCACCCCUCAUGUGGCCUCCCUUAUUCCCCGUCAUGAAUCCAUCGGUUCCCCCUCCCGGUCACGUUCCGGUGACUUGUCCGCCUCCUCAGAUGGGUCCGCCUCCCCAGAUUGGUCCGCCUCCCCGGAUGGGUCCGCCUCCCCUGGUGGGUCCGCCUCCCCUUUUGGGUCCGCCUCCCUUGGUGGGUCCGCCUCCCCUGUUGGGUCCGCCUCCCCAGAUUGGUCCGCCUCCCCCGAUGGGUCCGCCUCCCCCGAUGUUCCAGCAGAUCAACAUCCCACCCCCAACGUUGAUGGUGCCGACGAGGUUGCCGGCCCCGACCACGAUGAGCGAUUACUCCGCAGCUUCUCCCAGAAUCUUUCCUCAUACCUGUUCUCUCUGUAACGUAGAAUGUGCCCAGCUAAAGAACUGGAUUGCUCAUCAAAACACCAGCCUCCACAUCGACAACUGCCGGCUGCUCAGGAAAUUGUAUCCUGACUGGAACGGGGAAACUGUAUCAGGCCCUGCUGCCAGUAGAAAUGACAACAACCAGAGUUCCUCCAAACGUCGCCAGACCAACUCCCGUUCUCUGUCCCGUUCUCCUUCUCCUCGCCUCUCCUCCUACCGCACCACUUCCUCCUCCUCUGCUCGCCGACCUCGAUCCCGGGAACGAUCCCGAUCCCGGGAACGUAGACACAGCUCCGGCAGACGGCAUUCCCGGUCUCCUGGUUCGCGUCGGGAGCGUGACCCUCCGGCGUCGUCGUCUUCGCACCGGGAUCGGGAACGUCGGCGUUCGCCCCAGACAUCUUCUUCAUCCCGGAGGAGGUCGCGUUCUAGGAGCUAUGAGCGUCGGGAGGCGAGGAAGAGCAGCCCUCCAGGAGGAGUGAAGGGCAGACAGCAGAAGUCUAGCAGUGCUGAGAGACUGGCCAAGAAACUACUGGAGUCAUCUGCUGGCCUCUCCCUGACUAAGAACACCAGUCUAGAAGUUCUGAUGCAGUCCCUGGCCCCUGCCCUCCUGGCCGAGCUCGCCAAAAAGAAAGGAGCCACUUCUGCCAAGGGAGGCCGCUCCUCCUCCCGGAAGACUGAAACGGGAACGUCCAAGGGUGGCAAGGCAGGCACUGGAUCUGGGAGGACAUCAAACAAGAAAUCCUCCUCGCCCUCCAAAUCAUCCUUCAAAUCGUCCAGCUCAGCUCCUUCCAAGACUAAGAAGAAGGGAGCACCAGGGACCUCCGCUCUGUUAAGACUGAAGAAUAUCCCCCAAAACACAGCCCAUGAUGAGGUGGUGAAGGCCGUGGAACCCUUCGGAAAGAUCAACACAGUCAUCCAGCUCAAGCCCAUACAGCAGGCAUCCGUGUUGUUUGAGAGGGAGGAGGAUGCUAAGAAGCUGGCUAGCUGUAAGAACCUGACCAUCAAAGGCCAGACCGUCACCGUACUAACGGAGAAAGAUGCUCUGCUGGACGACUCAAGGAACUGAGCCAAACCAACAAGUCUACCGAUGAAAAACAAUAUCGUGAUGCCGGGGGCUUCCUCCUGAAGUGGAUUCUAGAACCAGAAUUCCUGCAGUCGUUGUAGCAGUAUUCCGUGAACUGUAAACCCUCCUAGUGGGAUUAAACAUUAUGCUGCAUUUCAAGCCGAUGACUCUUGAGGGAGGAGCUGAAUGGCAGUUUGAUCAUGACAUCACUUCCCCUUACAGCUUUACAAUGUUAUCCCCUGACCUUUUACAACACUGAUCGUACUGUGUUGUCUUCCUGUGUGUGUGUGUGUGUUUUAUUUGGGAAAGGACAUUUUUCACCAUGACCACCGGUUUUCUUAACUACAGAUCGUUACAGCAGAUAAUGUGAUUUUAACCAAAGAUCGUUGUAGCACAGAGAAUUCUUCACCAGCCUCGGUGACGCCGUCCUCGACUCAAGGAAACAGGAGUCUCAAGUGUCUCGUGUUCAGUUGCAAGGUGGUCAGUUUUUAAUUUAGAAAAUGCUCCUCCAUUUAUUAAAAUUGUGUGUGUGUGUGUGUGUGUGUGUGUGUGUGUGGCAAGUGGAAUUUGCGGUUUGCUUUCAAAAUAAAAGUAUGUUAAAUUACAGUAAUGCAAAUUAUUACAUAUAGUAGAAUUAUGCCCUACUUUUAUUUUGAAGGCUAACUGCAAAGGCCACAAUUUCUAUUUUUUUUUUCACCUUUAUUUAACCAGGUAGGCCAGUUGAGAACAAGUUCUCAUUUACUGCGACCCGAUGAAGCAAAGCAGUGUGACACAAACAACAACACAGAGUUACACACGGAGUAAACAUGCAACAUGGGAUAAACAAACGUACAGUCAAUAACACAACAGGGGGAAAAAAAAGUCUAUAUACAGUUUGUGCAAAUGGCACGGGGAGGUAAGGCAAUAAAUAGGCCAUGGUAGAGAAGUAAUUACAAUUUAGUAAAUUUACACAGGAGUGAUAAAUGUGCAGGUCUUCCCUCAAUGGAGAUAUAAGACUUAAGAAAUAGAUGAUAUGUGUGUGUGUGUGUGUGAAAUAUCUUUGGGUUAAAAUCACAUUGUUGCACCAGAGAAAUCUGUAGCUAUAGUUUUCUGCACUUGUCUCUCUACACCUGAGACGCCCUGAACUGUACUAGACUAAUGUUAGACCGGUCAUAAAUGUUUUUGUUGUUGUUUUACCAUAGACCGGUCAUAAAUGUUUUCUUGUUGGUUUACCAUAGAACAUCCUUGUUGAAUUUCCCAGUUCUCUUUGAGUCAGAAUUAAGUACAAUCCCCUGUAUUUUAGAUUUGGGACUAAUAAACCUUGGAAUAUG